AUGGCUCUGAACCACGUUCCUCUGACUUGGACCGACGAUCAACAAGCUGUCUUCGCUAGAAGAAAGAAGAUACGAGAACUGAUAUGUACGAAUUACUCGGGACCGCAGCGAGCUCUCCAAGCUUCUCUCAAUGAGUUUCGCAAUUGGACUCCUGAUGAAGUGGCUGCGCUAUUCCAUGACUAUCCACCGCUACCGGAUCGACGGCUGUAUCCUCUGGGGCCUGAGGCUCGCUAUCCACCACCAGGAAACAAACGCUAUGUCGAGUUGGCCGGCAAAGUGGCACUAAUGGGUAUCGCGAAUACAUUGGCGCUCGUUACCUCGCCCUUGACCAUGCCCCGGAUGACAAAAGCGAAACGAAAGGAAGCGAUAUCUGGAAUCUUAGAGGUAAAUAAGGAGGUGAUAAGCUCCUCACUCUUUGUAUCGACAACUCUCGAUCUUAUGGAAGAAGCUGGACGACGGAGACAAGCUCUAUGCGUAAACAAGUGGGGACAGUUUAGAAUACUCAGUUCGUCCUACGCAGCUAUCUCGCACGUUUGGGCAGAGACCAUGGGCUUGCAAUUCAACGACGAAAAGGUUCAGCAAGAUGAGCGAGGCCUCCUGAUGUCACACUUCAACCAGAUAAUGAGCAAGGCGCUUCAGUGUGGUUAUGAGUGGAUAUGGCUGGACUUGUUGGCUAUCCCGAAGAAGACAAACCCCGGCAGUAGCGAUUUUCGCUUGUCACAAGUCAAAAAUAUUGUCAUCAACAGCCUUGAUUCAGUGUAUCGCAAUGCAGACGCGGCCAUUGUACUGGAUUCCUUUGCUCUGAACCUCCCUUCUGCGGAUCCUUUGCGGGUCGCUCCAGCUCUAGUGUGCGGGUUGUGGUUGACGCGUAUUUGGACAUAUCAAGAAGCAAAGUUAGCCAAGAAGGCGUUGAUAGUGACAGCUACGAGCGUGGUUAGCCUCGACAACAUACGAUCUGCUCUUCAAGCGCAAGCUCAAGUUGACCGGGCAAGAUGGGACUCACUUUGCAAAACCUUUGAGAGACUACAGCCAGUUUAUGAGAGUGGAAUCAAUCUUGCAGACAUUGCACUGUCCUCGACAAAUCGCAACACUGAGAAUGAUAUCGACUAUGCGCGUGGCUUCUACGCAUUGCUCGGACUGCAGUGGCAUAAAGAUUGGAACUACGAAGAUGGCAUCCGACACAUGUACCAUUCGCGACCGCAAGAAGUAGCAAUGCUGGCUUCGAUGCAUAAUCUACGUGGCCUUGCACAGCCAUUUUCUUGGGCUCCAAGAUAUCUUGCUCGGCAACAGGGCCAGAGUCAAGAUGCGUUCUUUUACAAGUUCAAUGGUACCGGGCUUGUUGGACCUUGGUAUACAGCAAUGGUGCGAGAACGGGUUCACACUGGGUUCUAUGGCGCCGCCGAAGCGGAAGCAGAAGAAGACCACAAACUGGCCCUACAGCUUCGUAUUGACACCAUGUCAGGCGCGUCUGUCUUGGCCACGCUGGUGACAUGGGACGUGAAAUGGACUCCUGAGCUGGUCACAUGGGUGGAGCUCAUACCUACGGGUACCGCGAGAAUCAUUUGCUCCCAUACAAUGGCCUCCUAUGAGGGAGAAAGUUUCCGGUCCGUUUUACUUGCGAGGCAGAAGCCUCAAGAUUCUCCCGCCCAGGCUUUUGGCGAUGUCUUUGCGAGCGCAAUCUUGGUCGGUGGGUAUAUUGAAGCACCUCAGGUUCAGUGGUUACUAACCUAA